AUGGCGGCCUCUCGAGUACCGCAUUGCUUGAAAUGGACUUUUCAGACUUUUAGGAUUGUGUCCACCAUUUAUUCGCCAUUCAACAGAAUAAGGACUCCAUAUUUAAACAAAAGCAUUUUGAGGACAAUAAUUUCUGCGCAAAAACGACUGUAUUGUGCCAAUGCGGGAUCAGACGAUGCAGAAACUAAUGGCGUACAAAGCUCAUCUCCGAGGAACCUACUGGAAGUUUAUCAGAACGAUCCUUCGUUGCUCCAUGGACCUAGGGACGCUUUAAAACCUCUAACAGAGGAAUACGUCAAAAAAGAAUUACAGAAAUCUAGAGGGGUGCGUUUUAGACGCCCUGUAAAGAUUAACCCCGAUAAAGUUGGAUGGACUACUGGCUCCAAGAGAGUGGGAACUAUUGGUGUUAAGUUAGGCAUGUCAGCGCUUUGGCUUAAGGAUGGAAGGAGAAUGCCAGUAACUUUACUUCAGGUAUAACAUAUAAAAGCAUCGUAGUAACUAUUGAUAAUUGAGGUCCUCGUCAAUCCCAGACUUGCCAACUCGCAAAAGGCAAGAAUUUUAAGAUUCUAGAGCUGGGAAAAGUAGUGAGUAGUGAAAUAACUAGGGAGAUGUCCCAAAUUUUCUAGUGAAAGGACUUUCAGUAGGGAUAAUGGGUAUUUCAAGUCUCGUACAAUGGAACUUCGAUAUAACGAACCUCUAUAUAACAAAGUCCUUGGUAUAACAAAUGAUUUUCUUUACCCCAGCAAUAGUAAAAUAUGAGAAAAAGAAUCUUGAUAUAACCAAACUUCGUCAUAGCAAGCAAAUUUCACCAGUCCCUUGGCCCUUCGUUAUAGUGAGGUUCCACUGUAUAAGGUAUAUGUCUACACAUACUUGUUGGCAGCCAUCUUGAAAUGAGAGAGUAAGGUUUAUUUUAACAGUGAGUCUGCGUAUUUGGUGGCAAUGACACGUACCUUCAAGUCAUGGGAGGAUGAAGAAUAUAAACAGUGCAUCAAGUUGCAGUGUUGCUGUGUUUUUGCAUCAUUGACGGAGAAUAUUCUAUUCAGACACAAAAUGAAAUUAUCGUGGAGUCAUACUGAUGCAAAAAAAAGUUACCUCCUGUAUUAGUUCUUCCAAAGCAGCAGGCAAUAAUAAAAGUAAAUUUAAAAAUAGAUGUGCUUACUAGCCUAAAAUGAGGCUGCGUGCGAAAUGACUGUCAUUUCAGACUAUGUGCUUACGAGUAGUUUUUGUGUUAGACAUCAUUCCAGGCAAUUCCAGGAGAGACUAGAGCGUACAUUUCGACUUUCUGCACAUGUUACUUUGCCCAUUGAUUCACGCUUCAUUUGUGGAUGUUGUUCUUUUGUUUUCGUUUCAUUUUUUAUGCCAAAGAGAAUACCAGUUGAACCUGAAAAGCAUGAAGAUGGGCUGGAUAAGGAUGGUGGGGAAGCUGGAGAAGUUAGUUUGAUGAUGUCAGUUGAUGUUCAAAGCUUCAAUAUUAUAGUUUGACCCAGACCAUUUUUGAAAUGACCAGAUUUAAAAUGCGAUGGGGGACAUAUGACCCACUUAGACUAAUUUCUAGAUUGAACACUGAAGUUGGCAAUUCACUUGUUUACUAAUCAAAUGCAACUGCUAGGUGUUUUCUUUGGAUUGAGUUAGCUAUCCCCUAGGGGGGGGAAUACCCCUGGGAAUUCUUGGUGGGGGUGUGCCACCCAUUUCUCCAAAUUCUGACCCAAUUUCAGACCAAAAAAUGUCAUUGUCCACACCCGUUUUUAGACCUGUUGUUCACUAACUACCAGGUGGGCAGUUAUUUCUUCCCCUCUCUGAUUCUCUUAAAAUAUCAGUAUCUAGGGCCCAUUUCUCAAAUGUCCGAGGAACUCUUCAAGCUCAAGACUGAGGUUUCAAUAGUUCUGCAGAUGGCAUGCUAAAACUAAUUUCUCAGUUACCAAACAUAAUGGACUAUUUUCUGAGCUUGGACCGGCACUUUUACUCUUAAGAUUUUGAUCGUAUAUUAGGCUUAUCAGUUUCCAGGACUUUGGAAAACCAGGUCCGUCUAAAGAGUUUACAUGUACAUGAAAGUAACAUUGAGUACUAGUACUUCCUUCCCAAAAUUCUAUGCUGUUUAUGUGUAACAGGUAUUAGAUCUCACAGGACAAGUACAAUUAAGACGGAAUCCACCAAGAAAUUGAGUAAUUUUAAUUUCAGUGGACAAAAACUUUGUACCAGAAUAAUUUAUAGAAUAUUGCAUUUUGUUCUACUACAUUUUUCAAGGGCUAAAAAGGUAAUUUAUCUUCUGUAAUAAUACCAAAGAAAAUUUCUCAUGGGGGUAGAAAAUAAAUGUCAAAUUUCACAAGAAUUUUGAAAACACAGGUAAAAUUCUAAAAAUUUCAUGUGUAAGAUGUCAUUUUGUGAAAUUUGACAUUUAUUUUCUCGGGCUCCCAUAAGAAAUUUAGUUUGGUGUUAUUACAGAUGACUUAUUACAUCUUUAGCAAUUGAAAAAUGUAAAAACGGAUGUGAUAUGCUUUAAAUUAUUCCAGUACAAGGUUUUUGUCUGCUGAAAAUUGAUAUUACUCAAUUUCCUGAUGGAUUCCGUCUUAAUACAUUUUUCUUGGGAAAAUAUUUGCAUAAAUGAAGAUCAAAGACUGUCAAGUUGUUCAAGCCAGGAUAAGCAGGGAACAUGGUGGUAAUGACCACAAAACAGAGCUGCAAGUUGGAUCUUUGGAUGAAACUCAACUGUACAAGGUGAUAAAAACUGUGUUGCUUCUUCAUAUUAAAUAUGUUUUAGCUAUCACUGGUAGUUUCUUGUUAAAUUAAAAGUACCAUGAUUCUUAGUUAUUGCCAAAAUUGUUGAAUACAUGUUGAGCCUAAUAUUAAGGGCAUAUCUGUAUUUCUAACAUACAGUAAACCUCCUUUGAUAUAUGCAUUACACAAGUGUCCAUGUUAUAGUGUGUAGAAAUCGCACCAAGUGAUCCUAUAGUAUAACUGUGCAUUGGUUAAUGUGUCCAUAUUAUGGUGAGGAGAACUUCCACCAUAUUCAAUGUUGAUGCUACAUUUGAGGUUCAUUUCAUUUUAUUGCAGGUAAAAAAGGCUCAAUUUGGUCACUUUAAAAAGUAUGGAGUUAAUCCAAAGAAAAAGAUGAAGAGUUUCCUUGUAACUAGAAAUGCACUUCUUCACCCAGGUAAGAAAGCAAUAGACUUGAUUGCCAAAAAAAGAAGGUAAAAUGUUUCAGAUGAGACUGCUGCAAUAUCUGUCUUCUUUACAUUAUUUAUCAAGAAAUAGCAGUAGGCUUGGUAACAGCAAUGAUGGUGCCACUAGCAAGGCCCUCUUAGGAGGAGGGAAAAGGUGUACGCGUGCCCUAGUCUGAAUUUCAUAACCUGCCAUCUUGCAUCUUGAGGAAGAAGUCAUGUCCCUGUCAAUAUUUUUCUAUUUUAUCUGUCCUCAUCACUGUUGUAGUUUCAGCCGACCUUUAUUUCAGUUGUUGCCGAUUCAUCUGUCUUAUGUCACUGUUUGAAGACCAUGUCGCUUGUCAGAAUUUGUCUUUAACAGAGGCUCUCAAUAAGUCACUAUAAGCCUUUUAAUGGGUUUACUGUAACUGACGUAACUCAUGUAUGUGUGUUAUGGGAAAUGAAAACUGACAUAGACACAGACGAGAUCACUGGUGAGUUUAAAUGGCAGUGUGGGUUCCUCUAAGUUCCCUUCUCUUUUAAUUGUUUUCUUUUCUCUGACUUAGUAAUUGUCAUUAUUUAAUUUUGUUUUUUCUGCUAGGAACUCCUCUUUAUGCUGCUCACUACUAUCCGGGACAAUUUGUUAAAAUUCAAGGCAUCACGUAUGAUACCGCUAAAGUUGUUUAAUUAUACAAGAUAAUAAUAUUAUUUUAGCCUUCCUCAAGUUGUUUUUCUAGAAGUUUGUAUUACAGUGUCAUCAGGAGAUCACUUGAUCUGUAAAGCAGUUCCCAGUUUGUUCUCAGUUUAGGCCUUGUGGGCUAUUGACUCAGAGGCCAUGAGGGCGAGAGGAGUAACUUAUUGUUUUAGUAAAAUCCAACUAGUUGGUCAAAAAUAUCGAGACAAAAGAUCUUUAGCUAGCAAAACUCAAUAGCUCACUUUGGAAAAGAGUGAUAGCCUGGGAACGAAGUCGCGCCGCAAGCACUUAUGGGAUUAUUUGGGGGGACGCUCAAGCCAGCCAUCUUAAAUUAUGCCUAAACACAGGAGUUGUUGUGUGCCCUUGUGCACCAAUAAUUUCAGGAACUCUACUGGAAUGACGUUUUAUCGAAUACCCAAAAAAGAAAGUGUUCGCCGGGAAUAUAUACGUUUACUUCGGAACGAUAAUUUAAAGUUAGAGUCCGACAGCACACGCGUUUGCUCUGCUCACUGGACCGGAGGUAAAAAGCUCAGCAGAGAACACCUUCCAUCGAUAUUUCCUUGGAGUAAAAAGAAAACAGAGCGGCGGGUUUUGUCCCGGACGGAAUCGACUACAAACGUAGGAGGUAAGAAAAGGAAAGCCGAUGUUUCUACUACCGAAAUAGACCAAGGUCCUCUUUUUGACAUUGAUCAUGAGGAAACCAUUCAAGCUUCUUUCUGCGAUGCUGCGACGCAAACUGAAAUCACUGUAGAAAUACUGGAUCAAAUUGAAUCGGAACUUAAAGAAAUCAUAGAGAAGAAGGACAAGGUAGCAAGGGAGAGAGACGAGUUAUCGAGCGCGACAAAGAGACUUCAACAUUUAGUGAAAAAUCCGAAAUUUGACAUCUCAAAGUUUAAGGGCAAUGAUGAAGAUGUUGAAUUUUACACAGGUCUUCCACACUGGGAUGCACUUAUGCUUCUUUAUGAUAUGGUCAAUCAGAAAGCACAGAACCUGAACUAUGGCAGUUAUGAAAAGAAAGGAAUUGGCUCCGAGCAAAAGCUAGGUAGACCUAGAGCACUUACAUUAUUUGAAGAGUUUGUGUUGACUCUGAUGAGACUUAGGCUUGGCUUGUUACAAAAGGAUCUUGCCCACAGAUUCAAUGUUUCUGAAACUACUGUGUCUGUUGUAUUUAACACUUGGGUUCGGUUUAUGAGGAUUGAACUGGAGCCUUUAAUUUGCCUUCCCAGGAGAGAGCUUUUACAUGAGCACAUGCCAAAAUUUUUAAGGAACUUUAUCCAAGAACAGUUCUAAUAAUCGAUGCUGUUGAAAUUCGAGCAGAGAGCCCCUCAUCACUUGACAUGCAGUCAGUGUGUUAUUCUUCAUACAAGGGCACAACAACUAUGAAAGGACUUGUUGGUCUUUCGCCUAUUGGAGCCCUGGGAUUUUUAAGCGAGCUAUACACUGGCAGCAUAAGUGACAAGGAGCUCACCAAAAUGUCCAAUGUGAUUGACUACUUACACCAUGGGGAUGAUGUCAUGGCAGACAAAGGAUUUGACAUACAAGAUGACUUUGCUGCAAAGGGGGUAACUGUAAACAUACCCUCUUUUCUUAAAGGAAAAACUCAGUUCAGUGAGGAAGAAAUGGCACACAACAAAAAAAAGUUGCUAGCCUAAGAAUACAUGUAGAGAGAUGCAUUGAGAGGAUGAAAAACUGGCAUAUUUUUGACAGCAGGAUUCCCAUAACAUUGGCCCCUAUUGCUAGUGACAUGUUUAUAAUCAUAGAGGCACUUACAAACUUUUUGCCACCUCUCAUUGAUUAAAUUGCAAUGAUAUUUCACUUUUUAAAUUAACGAUUGUUUGAAAAACACAACAACAAAGUUUUGGCAAUAAUAGUUGGAAAAUUUGCCACAAAAUGGCUUUUAGUCUUUCAUUUUACUGAAAUUGAAUUAGAUACUUUAACCUGGAAAUCUUAUUGUUUUAUUUUACUGUCCCAUUCUCAUUAGCUGAGAAAAAAGAAGUGAUUUACAGCAAAAAUAGUGCGAUUCAGGAAUAAAUCACACUGCUUAGAGCCAACAGAUUUCAAGGAUAACCAGUGAUCUCAAAAUGGAUUUGAUAAAAACAUAAUUUUUUCAAAGUGGAUACUGGAAUUUUAUUGAAUGAUAACCUCUCUAAAUUUUUCUCAACUCCAAUAAUAUGAAAGACUGUUCCUUUACACUUUGAUCGUUACUAUGUCCUGGAUAUUUGAAUUCCUUCACUUUUAAAUAAGCCAUCCACAGUAAAGAUUUCAUUAAAGUAAACAAUGGGUUUGGAAUAUCAUUUUAGAUUAAUGUACCUUAGAGGCAUUUUCUUAGAGACAUUUUCUGAAUUUGUACCCAUGAUUAAUAGCAAUUGCUUCUUGUUGAGGCUGGGACAGACCAAAAUACAAUACCCAAAUGCCGGAAAAGGUCUGUUACAAUUGCCUAUAUUGUUACAAGUGACAAUGUUCCUGAAGCAACUUCAAUAACGUACAAGAUUAGCAAAUUAGUAUUAUGUAUGUCAUCAACAGCCUCUCAAGUCUAAUCUUGAAAGACCAAAUUUAACACGCGGAUAAGCAAGUUCUACAAGAAUGUGCUCAUUAUAAAAUGCCUCAAGUUUUGGAAGUACUGAGGUCCAGAAUUCACGAUUAAAGUUGACUGUUGAAAUGAAAACACCAUCAGUGUCUACAAUUGAUCUGUCUGGAAGAUCUUUAACUCCCUUUACCACCAGAUCAACCCAUGAUUUCUGUGCAACAAACAUCUGUUGCUGCACUUGAUAGUGAUACUUGUGUUUUUGGUUGAUGACCAGGUGUCCAUCCGUUGAACCAGGAAGAAAGAUUCUUUUUCUGACAAGUGCUUGGUACAAAGUCUCAUUCUCCUUUAGGAAGACAAUUUUAUUUCAACAAGUCCACUUGAAUUUAGCUCAGUGGAGUCAGCAUUGUAUACUAAGCCAUCUGGAGAUGCGGCGAGGUAAUUAUGAGAUUUGCUGAUGAAAAGUCCACAUGGUUGCACUAUUACAUUUUGAUUGUCCAGUUUCUUUGAUUUGAUGUAUUCAGCAAUAACAGCACCUUCCCUUGACAAACCCUCUUUCAUUGCCCUUGUUUGAGGUAUCUGCUUGUAAUGUAAGACCUCUUCAAUGGCCUUUGUUGGGGAGGUAGUUGCUUGCAAAGUGGCAAUUCGAUGGCAUUUUGACGCAGUUAUUCUUAUUUUUCGAUGCAGAUUCCAGUUUUCAUUUGCUGAUUGACCCACUGUCUCUUUUUCAAUUCGAUCAACAUCCUUUUCAUCGACAAAAAGCCUUUUCUUAAGUUUUAUGCAUCUUUCCUUUAUUUCUUCCAAACUCACUGGAUGGCACUUCACUGGUGAUAACAGUUCAGUUGACACUGUACAAAUGUUUCCUUCUGUUUCAACAGGUUCAAUGGGAGUCAGAGGUGUGCAAUAAUUAUGUUCAACUGAAAUCCUUUCUUUAUUCUCCUCCAAAGUUUUCUGUGGUAGAAUUAGACUCAGUGCCAUCUUUUUGCCUGUCUUUUUCUCAAUUUCCUUGACAUGAUGUAACAAAUUGCUAGCAUCAGUGUUUAGACUUGGGUUCUGCUGGUGUGGUGCCCUGACAUCCCUUGUUGAUGGUAGAGCUUUAUCCUCACUUUUGUGAGGUUUUCCAUGCUGAUGCUUUCUAAAUUUGGCCUGUGAAAUUGGCAGGUUGUCAACUUUCCUUUUUCUUGGGACAUUCCAUACACAUGGCUUUGAAGUGCAUGAUAUUGCAGGUGUUAAGGAAGGAUUCACAGGUGCUUUACUUUGUUUGAAGAACUCUUCCAGUGCAAACAGUGUUGAAGUUACAUGGUUACAUCUGCCAUCUAUUCCAGCUGGGCAACCAUCAUAAGCUGUCAUCACCUUGCCACAUUUGUUCAAAACAAUAUAGCAAUUAUACAAAACAGUCUUUUCAUUGAUGGAAGAACUUGACUUUUUAUGUAAAAUUUUCCGUCAGACUCCCUGCAUUUAAUGCUAAGGACAUGGCCAGAUUUAAAAAGUUGUAUCCCUUGACGAGAGGUUUAGCAGUGGAUAAUUGCUUCUAGCAUCACUUUCUUCAAUCAUAUACCUCCAUAUUGUACCAAAUGAUAUGGCAGGUAGAAUAUUUAAAUCUUCUGUAAAGCCAUCUACUGGAAAGUUUUCUUUGAGUUUCUUGGCGUUAAUUUCCUCCAUGAGUCCCAGGCUAGCUUUUUAGCUUUUCGCUAAAUGAAUUCCACCAUCAGGGUCCUUAAUCUUAGAGCUUAGUCCACCAGCAAUAUAGUCCUUUACUCUAAAACGAAAAAAAAAAUACCAAAGUAGGUACAGGCGAUAUUCUUGGAAUAUCAUGGCUUAAUAACGUAACGAAAAGAACAGGGGCAGUAAUAAGAAGUUUUCAAAUGGCCCUUAAGUUCUCCUACCUUUGAACAAGCUGCAUUUUCUUCCCAGUUGUUUUAGCUCCACGGCAAAGGAGCCAUCGCUGCAGCUGUUUUACGGUACAUUCUUCUGGUAUUUUUCGAGGUAAAAUUGCUCCAGGUACAUCUUCUUCUCUUAGAUAUGUGCUUUCUGAUUUUCUAGUUUCGAUAACUUUGAUCUUAUUACUAUCUACUUCCGUUAAAAUCUUGCUGUCAUCACUACAAUCACAUUCCGCACUCAAUUCCUCCAUGUUUGUUUUUACCGCGUCCCCCCAAAUAAUCCCAUAAGUGCUUGCGGCGCGACUUCGUUCCCAGGCUAUCACUCUUUUCCAAAGUGAGCUAUUCAGCUGCCACUGUUUUGGUUUUCAAAGCUGGCACUUUUUGCUACUAGUGGGCUAUAACAUAUAGCCUAGUAGCAGCUCAACCAAUCAGAAUGCAGCAUUGAUAAAAGACCACUAGCUGGAUUUUACUAAAUGCAUAUAUUCUGCACUGUCUAAAAUAUGAUAAUUUCUGGCUAAUAUUGCUUACCAGUAUUGAAUAAUAUUUUUAUUAUUCCUGUCAUUUAUUAAAUCUAUCACUACUCACCUUUUCGCCAUUAAUUGUUGGCUGCUUAACAGAAGUGUAGCCAUCAGUCCUUAGGGGGUGUUUGCAUGACACCUGGACGACUUUCACACCAACGCGAGUUCACUCCGGUUCCCUCUCAUGGCUCUAUAUUUAAUUACAUGAUACUGCUGCAAAAUGUCUUGCCGGCGCAAGUCACCGCUGCAUGAGUUCACCCAGGUUGUUGUACGGGAGCAAGAAUUUCACUCCAGUACGAAAUUUUGCACCGGUUUCUUGUAAACACAAAACAACCACCUGUUUUGGUGUGAAAUCGGUCUGCGGGUGGACUGGAACGGGUAGCGCAUGCAUAAUAGUUGCGAUUUUGAAUUGCACGUGUAAUAGAUUUAUCAACAAGAAGAGUACCUUCAGAUAACCGAGAUAUGAAAAGACCCAUCAUUAUGUAAAGGCAAUAAGAAAUCAAAAAGUCGCCUGGUAUGAAACUCUUGCCGGUGCGAGUUUUCUCAUGUAAACAGCCCCUUAGUCUGUUUGACAGUACACAGACUGUCUAACUAUCCUGAUUUCAUUGGGAUUCUCCUGAUUUUGCUUGAAAAUCCCAAAUCCCUACCAAUAUGCAACCAGCACAGAUAAAAAUGUGACAUACUCAAUAGGUUGGACAGUCAUAUCAGGCCAUAAGGAAUCCCUUAUUCUUAAACUCUUGCAGAUAAUGUUUUGUUCUGUGCCAAUAAGGAAGAUGUUUACGUGCUUAUUUUUUCACCAUUUCCCCACAUUUAUCACACAGAAAAGACCGAGGUUUUCAAGGUGUUAUGAAGAGAUGGAAGAUGAAAGGUCAGCCUGCAUCACAUGGUCAAACAAAGACGCAUAGAAAAAUGGGAGCUACUGGAGGUGGAACGGUAUGUACCACAUUACUGAAAUUAUCCAUAAAAUAAUGCUAGGGGAGAUGGUUAGUUAGGUAUUCGAAAGGACGUUUUGUAGCUACUUUUGUGAUGAGGUGAUAAAUGUUGCACCACAUCGUAUGCUCCAGGAGUAGAAUUGUACAGGGAAGCCGCUGUCAGAGAUGGUAAGUACCCCCAUGGUUAACUUUAAAACCGUUUCAAGAUAACAAAGGUAUGAGUGGCACAGGAAAAUAGAAGCUCAGGGCUGUCACUAAAAUUUCAACUUGCUCAGCUGAUAUAUGCAAUUUAUUAACUAGUAGGCAAGGAAUUAAAUGUUUAGGAAGUUCUUUUGGUUUUAUUUUUCUUUUGUUUUCUAGAAAAAAAAUACCUGGGGGUAAUGUUCAUAGUAGCAAGGGGAUAUACCCCGUCCCCAUCUCAGCAUGUAUCCUAGGGGUACAAAAUACGUUCCUCUGCAACAGGGUAAUAAUGGUAUCAUCAGGUAUUUCAUCACGGCAUGAGUAAAAUAAACAUUUUGUUUUGUUUUAAGUAAUAAUGGAUCCCAACAAUAAUUAUUAGUGGCUCCUUUGGCCAACUAAAUCCUAGUGCAACAGUCUUUAACAAAAAUGGUUCACAAUAAUUAUACAACUGUUUGGCAAAAUUUGCUGCAUUGCCAUAGGACUACUGUGGUUAUGUCUGUUCAUCUUAUGUAACUAACUUCAGUCAAACCUAUAUUACAUAGCCAACCUUUAUUUAGCAGCCAGUUAGCAGAGUCAGUGACUCCCUGUUAACAAUGUAAAAUAAAUAUAACUUUUUUGAGAAGCCGCUUGUGCUUUCCUUGAGGAUGGCAACUCAAUUGAGGAUCAAAUGCAAUGUUUUUUCCAGGAUCCAGGAAGAAUUUGGCCUGGAAAAAGGAUGGCUGGUCACAUGGGAAACAAGAAUUGCACAAAAUUUGCUGUUAGGGUAAGUUUGAGUAUUCACACAUAGCAUACCAGUGUAAUCUCAAUUAAGACCAAAACGUGUGUUAAAGCGUUUGUUAAAAUAUUUGAAUACAGUAUUAGCUGGUAUUUUCAUCAGUUGUAAGGAGAAGAAAAAUCGUUCAACAAAAAUCGGGUGCUUGAAUGGGAAAAGAUAGUACCUGGAGCUGUGUCACGAAAUUCAGCCAAAUUAGGAAAUUACAAAAUGCCCGUUAAAUUAAGAGAAACAUAAAAAUAACCGCUUAAAACUUUAAAGGAAGGUUAAAACAACAUAACAGAAACAACAGAUGCCACGGAUGGGCAAAACUGAAGAAGAUUGAAACGGAUUGAAAGUAGGGUUUUUGAAAACUGUUCAGCCUAACAGUUUUGCUAAGUUGGUCCCUGCUGCUUGCAACUUCAAAAAUAAUGCUCAGGAGACAUAUUUGUUUGUCUCGGAUCUCUGAUUUUGUUAUUUACAUGUAAUUUCUUUGCUUACUUUAAGUUCCAUAGCGAUUGAGGGCCAGUAAUUGGCAAAAUUGACCAAAAUGAACUGGACUGCCGUGACACAGCCCCUUUAAUACUUUUUUAUCUUGUCUUGUUUCGUCACUUUAUGAGCAUCAUUAAUUUUCGCCUUUCAGAUUCUACGCAUCAACACUAAGUACAAUGUCUUGUACGUAAAGGGAGAAUGUCCAGGCGAGAAAGGAGGCUUUAUAGUCAUCAGCGACGCUUGGAAGAAGCAUGACCGACCCCCACCCUUCCCCACUUACUUUCCAGAUCCUGAGAACCCCCUCCCUGAAGAUUUGUACGCAGAUGAUGUGCAACAUUUUGACCAGACGAUUUAUUUCAGCAAAGACAAGAAGAGUGGAAGGGCAUAGGGAGUCUUCUAAUUGUUGUUUAGAACGAAAAAAGAUUGUGUUCAUAAAUUUGGCUUGGGAGUUGAGGAGCGACUACGUAUGCAAUCAUUUACUAUAGUCGUUUGUGCGAGGCCAAGGAAAUGAUGUGAAAAAUGAAAUGAAAUACAUUGUAUUAAAGGCUGC